AUGAAUUACUCUUCUGCUUACAAGACCGCUCCUCUAAGAAAACCUUCUAAUCCAACGGAAACUCGCAAAAUCUUUCACUGCACAAGUCUACCUUCCUUUCCUUCAUUACAUCCUGCUUAUAUAAGCCACAUUCACAUUUACAACAUAGAAAAGCAAGUGAAAAUUGACCAAUCAUCCACAAUAUAUGGAAAAUACGUGACUAAUUCACAGAACCCUCAAAUUGUGGAGGCUAAUGAUAGCCAAGGCGACAGAUUUGGGCAGCCCAGAUCUUCUUCUCUAAGAACCCCAGAUUUUGGGAGUGAUAGAUCAAAGUCAAGAAAUGAUCAAUUUCUCAGUAGAAACAGUUCUUUAACAGCUAGCAAUUUAAGAGAGAAAAUCUUGAAGAAGAAAUCUAACUCAAAAUCGAAUUCCUCAAUGUCAAGAAGCGAUGAGCACUUCCGUAGUCUCAGAGAUUACGAGGAAAACAAGGUCCCAAAAGAGGAAUCUUUUCAUGGGAGAGAAAGAUAUUUACCAAGGAAGAUAUUCCCCGAUAAAGAUCAUCAAAGGCUGAAAAAUUUGCCAGUACCCUCUAGAACUUACCUCUACAAGAGAGAGUCGACAACUUCAUCUGAUGCAAGAAACCAAAAGCCAGAGGGUAUCAGAUCAUAUAAAGAGGGUAAGAUAGAGCAACUCUUAGGAAGACUGAGGAAAAAUAACCAAGAAAUAGCAGAAUUGAUAUGUAGUAGAGAGAGCUUACUCAGAAAGUUGAUUCAAGAGAGAAACGCUUCCAAACAUUUGAGAAGAAUAGGUCUAUAUAACCUGAAAAAGGCACAACUGGAAGCUAUUUCCCUAGAGUUGGAAGUCAAGAUUCAAAAGCUUCUCACCCCAAAUAGCCAAGCUACCACCAAUCUGCCAUUUCCUACUGAAUAAUUUCUUGAUUUUUACAUUUUCAAACAAUUAUGUUAAAA